AUCUCUGUCGCUUGGGUCUGGUUAUCUUAAGUUUCCAGUAUAGACAUCUUUUUUCUGCGAGCAUUUACAAGAAAUAUACGUGUCUAUUUUUUUGUUUGUCGUGAAGAAAGUGUGACUAAUUAUUAAUUGACGACAUUUAAACAAUAAUUUAACAAAUUAAAAAUGUACAACACAGAAGGCGACCAUCUUCGUAAAUUGUUCUUGGGAGGCUUAUCCCCAAACUCAACUGAGGAUUCCUUGCGUAGUUUUUAUCGCCAAUUUGGCGAAAUACUUGAUGUAACAAUACGACGGCAUCCUAUGACUGGACGUUCCAGAGGUUUUGGUUUUAUAACAUAUGCCGAUACCUCAUGUGUUGACAAGGCACAAGCGGCAAGGCCGCAUGUAGUAGAUGGAAAAGCCAUAGAUUCCAAACGUGUGCGCAACGAACCAAAACUUAUGGGUUCUGGAAGAAAAGUCUUUGUUGGAGGAUUAAAAGACGUCCAUGACGAACAGUCCCUCAGAGAUCAUUUCCAACAAUUCGGAAAGGUUAUGGGAGUAAGAAUUUUAGUUGACAAAAACACUGGCCGAGGGAGAGGAUUUGGUUAUGUGGAAUUUGAGGAUUACGAUUCGGCUGAUAAAGCUGUAUUACACAAAAAUCAUACAAUCAAAUUCCUAACAGUUGAUGUAAAAAAAUCAAACUACAAACCCGAUCAAAAUCGAAUGCAGCAACAAAAUGGUCAACUAGUACCCGCUGGAGCGCCUCCUGCAGCAUCACCGUAUCCACCACCCGCCUAUCCAGCACCAUACGGCUAUCCCCCAGCACCGGCUCCAUAUGGUGCACCAGGUUGGGGAGCACCUCCACCAGCAGGUGCAUAUGCCCAAGCUCCACCACCAGCAUAUGGGGCUCCCCCAGCUUGGAAUGGAUGGGGUUAUGGUGCCCCACCAGCACCAGGAGCACCGCCUGCGGCAAACGGUUGGAAUAAUACUGCCCCACCAGCUCCUCAACAAUUUGGAAACUAUCAGCAGUCAUACAAUGGAGGACCAGAAAAAGGUGGUAAAUUACAAGCGAAUAGGAAGGCUCCGUAUCGAUCUUAAUUUUAGGUCUAUAUAUAUGUAUGAUAACCUAUAACCUGUCUCUUAUAAAUUAUAUAUUAAGAAAUAUAUAUUAAAAGUCGAAGGAUGUGAUUGGAUUAUUGUAAGAGUCAUUGGCUUUUACUGCAGAGCUAUGAGCAUGAGAGCAUUUACUGAUUACUGAAGGAGUAUAUCCAAGUCUCAAUAUUUUAUCACAUUUUAAUUGGUAUUUGAUCUUGAAGUAUGAAUAUGUAAGAACUGCUAUUAAUAUUAAUAUAAUAAUAUAGACGUAAAGAAUA